AAGUCACCUGCCAGCGAGAGCUUACCAUUGGUUCUCCAGCUACUAAUCUCUGGCGGGGAAUGUCCCUUCAGCAACUUAACAACAGCUGAGGCACUUACGCACUGGACUUACUUAUAGGCCCCCUCCCUCUUCUUCUCCCCUCCUUUCUCCUCUCUUCUCUGCAUUGAUGCCCCUCUAUCCCUCUCCACUCCUCAUCCGCUUGUGCCUGCGUGGUCUUUCUCUCUCCAGGCUAGCAAUAUCCUCCCCAGUUCCUCGUCGACUCUUUCACAGCUCCUCACCCAUCAUGUCGGACGUCACGCUGCAGUUGACUGCCCCUAAUGGGCGUAAGUACUCUCAGCCUAUUGGCCUCUUCAUCAACAACGAGUUUGUACCAUCUAAGUCAGGCGAGAAGUUUGCCACGAUCAACCCUUCAGACGAAAAGGAGAUUGCUUCAGUCUAUGCUGCGGGCGAGGAGGAUAUUGACAUUGCUGUCAAGGCUGCCCGCAAGGCCUUCAAGGAUCCUUCAUGGAAGCUGCUUCCACCAACGGAUCGGGGCGCUUUGAUGCUGAAGCUAGCAGACCUCAUAGAACAGCACCGAGAGACUUUGGCUACCAUUGAAACGUGGGAUAAUGGCAAGCCCUACUCUGUCUCCUUGAACGAGGAUCUGUCUGAGGUCAUCAACACCCUUCGGUACUAUGCUGGUUGGGCCGACAAGGUUCAUGGCCAAACCAUUAGCACCACACCGGCCAAGCUCGCCUACACUCUCCGCCAACCCAUUGGUGUAGUGGGCCAGAUCAUCCCAUGGAACUUCCCCCUUGCCAUGGCUGCAUGGAAGCUUGGCCCUGCGCUGGCAUGUGGUAACACCAUCGUAAUGAAACCAGCCGAACAGACACCUCUUAGCAUCCUCUACCUUGCCACACUCAUCAAGGAAGCUGGGUUUCCCCCUGGUGUGAUUAACAUUGUCAACGGCCUCGGAAGGGUUGCUGGCAGCGCUCUGGUGACCCACCCUAAUGUGGACAAGGUCGCCUUUACUGGCUCCACCUUGACCGGCCGGGAAGUCAUGAAGAUGGCUGCCAGCACCUUGAAGAACAUCACCCUUGAAACGGGUGGUAAAUCUCCUUUAGUGGUGUUCAGCGACGCAGACCUUGAACAAGCUGCUAAAUGGGCACACAUCGGCAUUAUGUACAACCAAGGACAGGUCUGCACAGCAACUUCUCGGAUCCUGGUCCAUGACUCUGUGUACGAUAAGUUUAUCGAGCUCUUUAAGAAAGAAGUGGUCGCGACCAGCAAAGUCGGUGACCCCUUCGCCGAUGACACCUUCCAGGGCCCUCAGAUCACCAAGGCCCAGUACGAGCGAGUCCUUUCUUAUAUCGAGACCGGCAAGUCCGAAGGAGCAAAACUCGUCGCUGGUGGUGAGCCUUACAAGAACGUCGGCGACGGCAAAGGCUUCUUCAUCGCUCCAACCAUAUUCACGGACGUUAAGGACAAUAUGCGUAUCUAUCGUGAGGAGGUCUUUGGACCGUUCGUCGUGAUCUCUAGCUUCACCGCCGAGGACGAGGCCGUGACUCGCGCCAACGACACGACAUACGGAUUGGGCGCGGCCAUUUUCACCAAGGAUAUUGAGCGUGCGCACCGUGUGGCCUCCGAAAUUGAAGCAGGCAUGGUCUGGAUUAACAGCAGCAACGACAGCGACUUCCGAGUUCCCUUUGGUGGUAUCAAGCAGAGCGGUAUCGGCCGUGAGCUCGGUGAAGCCGGAUUGGAGGCAUACUCGAAUGUAAAGGCCGUUCACGUCAAUCUCGGAUCCAAGUUGUAAUGUAUGCACUGCAACCUCAUCUGUGAUGUGUUAUGUUUGUAUAUACGAUAGUCAGAUGCCAGUUGGAUCCACAGGAUCAUACUUGCAGCAAAAAUAUAGAAAAGCUAUCCAAUAAU